AUGGGUCACAGCCCUUUCCCUCUCCCUCAAACAUACCACUAUAUCCUCUUCUCGCUGUCCCCUCCAACGACAGACCCGCUCCGGAUCCGCAAAUCGAUCCAGGAUGCGCUCAGUCAGUCGUUUGGUCUCACGUCCGCGAGCACAUACCUCGACAUCUUAUGGAUCGCAGACGACGGUAACCAAUCUGUGGUUCGCACUGGACCAGCUGAUGCCACGCGUGUGAUGGCCGCUGCAGCAGCUGCGUCCCCCGGUGCUGGCGCGUUACGCCUUUCAACGACCCAGGACUCCCCGUUCCUGCCGUCCUUGAUCCCUGCCUUCUCUCCCUGA